AUGCUGUACUCCAGUGAAAUCUAUGCAGACGAGGUGGAGAAGCACAGAUUGAAGUGCCCCGCCUACCUCCAGAUCCAGGCCCAGCGGGCCGCCCCGUACUACCAGCUGGACAUCAAUGCCGGCCCGGCCCUGGACGUGGAGCCGAUUCUCGGCGCCUGCCUGCCUGGCCACAGCAUGGCGGAGCGCAGGGCAGCCUAUGCCGCGACCCUGGGGCCCGAUGGCUUGGACGACCUCAUCGAGCGCGUCUGCCAGGCUGCCGAGAGGGCCUCCAUCGUGGGCCACCUGGAGCGGCACGGCCUGCUGCGGUGUGUCGCCGACGAUGUCAUCGUCGAGCUGGGCGCGGGAAGGGGGUACCUGGGGGCCGCGGUGGCGGGGCACUGCGCCUCGCUGACCUGCCUCGUCCUGGUCGACUGCCGGGGCUUCAAGCUCAAGGCCGAUAGGCGAGGGCAGGGGGUGGAUGGAGGGCAGGAUUCCGGGGCGGCAGCGCUGCGUCACCUGGACCUGCACCGCCUGCGCUGCGACCUGAAGGAUUUCUCGCUCGCCGGCUGCCCCGGCCUGGACCGCCCCGGCCCCAGCGGCGGUGCCCCGCCCCGCUCCUGGGUGGGCGUGGCCAAGCACCUGUGCGGCGCCGCCUCCGACUUUGCGCUGCGGGCGGCGGUGGAGCAGGCGCCGCGGCGCUGCCGCGGGCUGGGCCUCGCGACGUGCUGCCACCACCGCUGCUCCUGGAGGGCCUACGUCGGGAAGGAGUGGUUUGCCGAGCGCGGCUUCGCCCCGGCAGAGUUUGAGCUGGUGUCGUGGAUGUCUGGGUGGGCACUGUGCGGCCACGAGGCGCCUGCAGGGGCCGGCUGCGAGGAGGGCGACGAGGACGGCGCGACUGGCCCCUCUGCAGGAACGGAGCCUGGCGCCAGCGAUCAAGCAGCCCGCAUCGCCGUGGGCCAACACUGCAAGGCCCUGAUCGACGCGGGGCGGCUCGCCUACCUCACAGGGCGCGGCGGGAUGGAGGGUGUCCUGGUUGCCUACAUCAGCCCCGAGGUGUCGGGGGAGAACAAGCUCCUGCUGGGACUUAGGGACGGGAUCCAGCCCUCUGACAUUGGACUAAUCCUCCGCACAUCUUGUGCUCCUGCCUGCCACUGA